UGAGUUUGGGGCCUCACCACAAAUCUGCUAAAAUAUUUCUUCUGUGAUUGUAGACAGAAAUAGAUUUAUUCAGAGUCUGUUGGACUUGUUCCAAACUCAAACUAUGCAGCUCUUGACUGGUAAAAGGACUCUGUCUUGUGAACAAAUGUUGAGGUUUGUUUUCCUCUUGAAGCUCUUAGAAAAGAAGUAGUUUGAUAGGCAUCAGUCAGAAAGCAGGGAAAAGCCUCUGGUGUAGGAUACAAGUCUCUCCAUUGAUAGGUUCCUCAAGUGUCUAUUCUGUUGGGUGAAAAUAUAUUUUUUUUUAUUUCACACUGGACGGACUGGAUGACUAAUUCAGAUUUUGGGUCAAGAUAAAAAUGGCAUUUCAACAUGGCCUCUUAAAUCCAUCGCCAGUCCAACGCAUGCACCUCAUGCAAGUGGAUUCAGUUCAGCGAUGGAUGGAUGAGUUGAUGUUGAUGACUGAGUGUGAAUGCAUGUGCAUUCUCCAGUCGAAACCAAUCAGUGUGGAAGAUGAUUCCCAAAGCGAACUCAUGUUUUCCCCACAAGAAAACAUGCAAAAUAGUUUGGAAAUGCUGCUGAAGAGAGCUUGGAUUAUUAGCACGGAACUGACAAAAAUUGUUCAAAAGUUAGAAAAAAACAAAUGGAGACGGAUCCAUACCAUGACCAUGAGGACCAACUGCCAUGUACGAUCAAUGAUUAAAGAGUACAACACGUUUACUAAAACGUCCAGCGGCGAAAUGCAUCAGUAUGAAUCUAUUCUUAUGGACAAGUGUUCCGAACUCACAGACAUUACUGAGAGAUGUACGCAGACCAAUGACGACGAAGCACUAUCGUCCAUGAAAUUGCACAUUAAUGACACUCUGACGUGUGUUGGACAGUACUUUAGUCAACUGAUCAAUCUUGCUUUAAUGCAAGAAAUAAAGAAUCUGGUCAAACAGCUGGAGAUGUGUGACAAUGUACAGAGUAUGGAGUCCGCCAUCCACCGGCUCUUUAGUCUGACCAAAGAAGGUUCUCGACUGUGUCAGCUCGUAGCCCAGGAAGGUGCUGUUGUUGUGCUGUUCAAGAUCUGUCGACAAGACUGUUACAAGGGCCUGUAUCCAUCUGCCCUCAGGACCCUGGCCUCAGUGUGUUGCGUGGAGGAGGGGAUUUACCAGCUGGAAAAGGUUGAUGGAAUUCUGUGUUUAACGGACAUUCUUACCGAUGAAGCCCAAAGUGAAGCUUGCAGAGCGGAAGCUGCGGCUGUGGUGGCGCAGAUCACAUCUCCACACCUCACAUUUACUCAACAUCUCAGCAGCUUCAUUGAGAAUAUGGAGGAAUUGGUCACUGCUCUGUUAAAGCUGAGCCAGGAAGCCUCAUCCGCAGAAGUUUUCCUGCUUGCGUCAGCUGCGUUGGCUAACAUAACGUUUCUCGAUACGCUGUCCUGUGAAAUGCUACUUCAAAUGGAUGCCAUAAAAAUCCUCAUGACUGCUUGUUUGGACAAACAGAGGGUUAAUUCAUCUUAUGCCAGAGAUCAAAUUGUGACAAUUUUAGCCAACAUGUCAAUCUUGGAUCAGUGUGCAUCUGAAAUCGUUCUAGAAAAUGGUGUACGAAUUCUGAUUGAGAUGCUAUUUGAGAAGUCAUCUACGGGAAUUUUGGCAGAUAUCUCAGCGUGUGAGCGCGUUCAACAAAAAUCUGCGGUCACACUUGCACGUCUAAGCCGUGAUCCCGAAUUUGCACAGGCGGCAGUAAAGUAUAAUUGCAUUCCGCGUCUUAUCGAGCUUUGCCGAUGUCCAGAUGAGAGGCACAGCAGUGAGGCCGUGCUUGUAGCUUGCCUGGCGGCACUGAGGAGACUGGCAACCACUCAGCCCGAAGGCCUUGAAGAUUCAGACUUUGAGCAGUUGGUGAAACCGCGGCUUGUGGACUCGUUCCUUCUCUGCUCCAACAUGGAAGAAAGCUUUGUAUAGCAGCUAAAAACAUAUUGUCAAUGAGAUAAUGUUUUAACAAUAUUCAUUUAUAGGAAAUAUUUUUAAUUUAUAGCCAUAUUUAUCAAAAAGAAACGCUGGUACACAUGAGGAAAAUCAUUCCUUGUUUAUCAAAGAAAAGCAAUUGUUUUAUUAAGUGGUUUUUACAAAAGAUUACCUAGAUUUUUUUUAAAUCAUAUUGUUUAGUGCAAAGCUAAAUACAUUUUAUAUCUCCGAGUGCCAGCAACAUCUCAGAAUUUUGUGAAAUAUUUUUUUUAAUGGAAUUUCUGGUUUUGUGUUUUUUUUUUUU